UCAAAGUAGCGUUGGAAUCGUCACUCAGAAUGAAGAAACUUUGUUGCAUUCAAUGUGUUUACUUGAUAAGCUUAUCUAAUCAACGCGAAAAAAAAACCGGUUUCAUUGAGGGAUUCUGACGUUUAUUUGUGCUAAUAGCGCGUUUUUACAUUUUUUUUGGCUCACCCAAAGCCAUUUACAGUCGUGCUGUGCUGCGAGGGAGACUUCUUUUGUGAAUACAUGCGGUUUUCCUUCGUCGAAAGCUAUGCUCUACCAUGGAUUUUGGCAAAUUAGGCAGAAACUUCCUCCUGGUGGACGCUAUCAUUCGGAAACAGCUUCACGAAGUGGACUCCCUGUUGAACUCGGGAGCAGACAUCGAUUUCAUCAACUAUCUGGACAAAAACAACACUCCUCUGCAUUACGCAGCAUUCGCUGAUGCUCCAGACAUAAAAGAGUUCUUGUUGUCGAAAGGAGCAAAUCCAGACUCGACAAACGACGAAGGAAUCAGCCCUUUUGAGUUGAACGCAACCGGUGAGGAUUCUUCUUUGCAAUCGGUUGAGCUUGAUAGCAACGAGCCGGCGUUCAGCGCCACGUACAUCAAAAGACCUGGAACGUCUGCUAUCAGCGGCCAGCUGUACGAGACCAAGCUGCUGGCCUUGGCGUUGUUCCGGUUAGUUCACGACAGCCAAAUUCCGUCAUUCUACCUUGGAACGAACCUUGACGAAGCCGGAGCAUUCGACGAUGUGGUCCUGAGGUAUCGGAUUGGUGGCCGUGAUCGGGUGCUGUUCCUUCAGGCGAAACACAAGGAGGAUUGCAGCAAAAAGAUUGCUCUGAAGGAUCUUCUGGAUCCGGACAAAACGUCCGGCAACUUUAAUCUGGGCAAAUACUUUCGUAGUUAUUUGCAAAUUCGAUACAAGUUCAGUGCAAACAGUGCCAGUGCGGUGUUCAAUGGUGACUUUGAGAAGACCAACGCUGAGCUGAUACUGUUUACGUCAGCGGCGAUGGACACGUCACUGGGAAGUUCUGCUGAGUUGGUAGUGAAGAGUGAGCAAACCGCUAGGACAUGCUUGUUUUAUUCGGUUCCUCGUGGAAAUACGAUCUCCUUUGAAGGCUUCCCCAAGUCAUUCGUGAAAGUGGCGUCGCAGUGGCAUUUCGAAGCGAUGGCAGAAGUAGUAACUAAACGGCUGAUGUUAUCAAAAAAAUGUGAAGAUCUUAAAAACUCGGUUGAACAGUUGCUGGAGGACGAGGCUGUAUGGACCAAACUAAAGUCAUUGGAAGAUUACAGUAAGGAAGAACUGGCAGGAGACAAAUCGAAAAUUAAAGUUGUGGUAGGAAUUUUGAGGAAUCACAAAUUUCACGAACUUUCGUACACUGAACAAGAGUAUGAAGCUUUGGUGGAAGAUUUUUUCAGCAAACUAAAAAUAUACACCGAGCAGUCGACCGAGCUGGAAGUUGAACGUACAGUGUUGGAUGAAAUUUGCAAGAUGAAUCCAAAAUCUGUGAAUAACAAUCUUAUUUUUCUAAAGUUUCACGAUUCUGUUCAGCAAUGGUGGAAGCAAACUGGUGAUGUACCAUUUCGCACUAAAAAUUGUCAGCUUUUCAAAACUGCUUUGGAUGAGAUCGAGUAUGGUCCCGUGCUCCAAAAUAUACAUAAUAUUUGUAUGAGCAGGAUAGGCAUGUAUGAGAUUUGCUUUGAGAUCAACCCACUUACGGAAGUCGAUAGGUUCAUGGAAUGUGCUGACAAAGGAAGCCUGAAUAUAUUUGGAGAAUCUAUUGAGCUGAACUGUAUCAAGUUAGUUCAAUACUUUGAAUUUAACAAGUGGCAGUUUAAAUUUAUUAACAUUGACUACAUCGGAAUGAAUCAUCUUGAGAGAGCAAUUGAAAAACAAACAUCUUGCUUGCUGCUUGCUUUCGAUGGCCAGUUAAGCGAAAAUGUUCUAAAACAAAUCGAGAAAAAUGUAGAAAAAGUGAUUUUCCUAACCAAAAAAGAAUUUAAAGGUCAAUGGAAAUGUACAGAGCACGUUUGUAGAGGGUUGACGGACUUGAAGAUCGAUUCCCAGGCGAAAGUGAUCGAAAGCAUGAUUUUGUUCCAAGACAUUCCGGUGCAGGUUGGAUCAGUGCUAGGCGAUGAAAGUAGUUUAAUUGGUCCGGAAACACUUUGGUUGCUGCUCCAGGGUGAUCAAAUUGAACUUGCAUCAACAAAGUCUCCGUCAAAACACGAUGACGGAAUCAAUUACUAUGUCGAACGAACUCUCCGUUUGUGUACUUUUAAGAAAAGCUUGCUAGAAGAUGAGCAGUUUUUUCGCGUGUCUUCAGAGCAGGACGUUCCCGAAUCAGAUAGCGAACGUGAUAUUGUCGUGAUAUCCAAUGGCAAAGAAGGGAAAGUCCUGGAAAAAGAAAGCGCUCAUUUUGACGCCGCACAACAUUAUGAAGAGCUUCGUAAACAGAACACUGGGAGAAACAUUCAUCUUGUUCGGGCUGAAACUAUUCCAUCGAAACCAAUCUGCUUCGUUUGGCUAAACUCACAAGGUAGUGUGACGAAGCUUAGAAAGCAUUUGGACGAAACGAGCGUUGAAUUUGCGCCCGCGUCGGUCGUUAAUGACAACGAGUUGCUCAGUAACAGUGUGGUUAUUCUGGCUGCCGAUCCUGGAAUGGGCAAAACUACCCUACUGGCAGCACUGGCUAGCAAAACCAAGAAGGCACACCCUUCCGCUUGGGUUGUCAGGAUUAACCUGCUUGACCACACGGGCCAUUUUAGGCAACUUCAGAAAGAUAAAAUAGAUAUAACUCGAGACGAAGCUGGGCGAUUUUUAUCCGAUCUUUAUGGAUACUCCGAGGGGGAAAACCGAAACAAACUGUUUGAAAAAAAUCUUUUUCAAAAGUUUUGUGACCAACGUAAACUUAUCAUACUGGUGGAUGGCUUCGACGAGGUCAGUCCGGACUACAACGAGAUUGUUCUGCAGCUUUUGGACGUUUUCCGUAGGCACUUUGCCUCGACAUUGUGGGUUGCUUCCCGGUCGGGUAAUAUCCAGUAUGAGCUAGAAGAUCAUUUGGGCAUUUUUGCCCAUGGAUUGAAACCGUUCACAGAAAUCGAUACAAAAGUAUUCUUACGAAAGUAUUGGAGCUUACAUCUGAAAAUAGACGUGUUGGAUGAAGACAGAUUUAAACAUUUUACAGACAAAUUGAUGGAGCAAUUCAAACAUUCGUUGGAUCAGCGCGGGCUCGAGUUCAUGAGCGUUCCGUUGCAAAUCAAAAUGAUUGCUAUUAUAUUUCAAAAAGAUUUCAAAGCCUUUCACGAAUCAGCCGAUCUUCAAUCUGCGCAGGAGAAAGGAGUUAUGCUCGAUUUAAGCAAAGAUUUAAUCGAAGUGUACGAAAAAUUUAUCGAAAUUAAAUACGAUGUUCUAGAAGCAGAAAAGUAUCAGGUGGAUACAUCUUUGCCUCUGAACAGAGUUUCACACGAUCGCGACUUCGGACAGUUUAUCGAGAAACAUAAACUGAUUGCCGUUCAUACUUUGUUCAAUCAGCCAGAGUUGGAUCUACUGCUUACAAAAGAACAGCAACAAGCUGUCGAACGUCAUUUGGAUGUGGUUCGAAAUUACGAGGAAAAAACCGGAAUUAUCUAUCAUGUCGUUGGAGAGAAGGCAUUGUUCGUCCACAUGACCUAUGCAGAAUAUUUUGUGGCUGUUUUCUUGCACGAAAAGUGUGUGUCACAACAGGGUGGAACGUUCGUACAAUUGGUUGAUCAUAUUUUCGUGCAAAACCUCAUCGAGAAAAAUAGAACUCAAAUAUGUAGAUUUUUCCAGCUGAAAGCAAGACGAGACAUGGCUGCGACUUCGUUUACUACCUUGAAUAUUAGCAUAUUUGUAGACAGAAUACUGAAUGCCUUUGAAAAGUAUAACAACCCGGCCUCUAGCCAGAUGGUUAAAUUUUUUGAGUUUUGCAUAGGCUUUGAGAAGUGGAAGGUGGUCGCUCAGACAGUAGUGUGUCAAAAAUCUGACCAGAGCAAAACUUGUCUCCUUAUCCAAGGAUCUUGCGAGGAUUGUACAGAGCUGGCACGAAUUGUGAUCAAAACGGUUCAAAAUGUGGAUCGUUGCAUCGAUCACGAUAACUCUACUGCCCUCCACAAAGCAUCUUCAAGGGGUCACUUUAAUGUAGUGAAAAUGUUACUAGAACAUAACGUCAACAUUGAGGUUUGCACGCGAGAAUUUGGCUUCACUGCAUUACAUUUUGCCGCCAUGAAGGGUCAAGUGAACGUUGUAGAGCUUUUGUUGGAUCAUCAAGCAAAUUUGAAAGCGUUCUGUAGACUUCGUGGUUAUGCUGCUCUCCAUUGGGCGAUCUUACGGAACAAACCCGGCGUGGUCGCUGCAUUGCUUAGAAAAGGUGCCGAUGCUAAUGGUCCUCCCAGGGAUGCUAGAGAAACCCCGUUAUAUUUGGCGUCGGGAUUGGGUCGUGCGGCGAUUGUAGAGCUGCUGAUUGGAGCAGGUGCCAGUGUCAACAGUCGAACGCUAGGUGAAGGUUAUACCGCAUUACAUCGUGCUGUGUAUGGAAGUCACUCCAAGGUAGUUACGAUUUUACUGUCCAAAGGAGCAGAUGUAAAUGCUGGAGAUUCUAAUGGCUGGACUCCUUUACACCAAGCAGUAUACCUUGGGGAUACAGAAAUCACAAGGAUCCUCUUAGAACGAGGAGCAUACAUCAAUGUGCGCAAUAAACAUUACUUGACCCCACUGAUGGUGGCAUCAGAUAGAGGUCACACUUCUGUGGUUGAGUUGCUGUUGCAAAACGGAGCCUUAGUUGACUUCGAAUCAAGCACUGGAUGGUUGGCAGUACAUUCAGCAGCAGCAAAGGGUCAUGAGGAAAUAGUGUCCGUUUUAUUGGAUCACGGUUCAAAAAUCGAUGCUAUCGUGACAAAUGGAGGCAUUAAUGCGUUACAUAUUGCCAUUGGCCAUGGUCAUACGGCUGUUGCUGGACUGCUGUUGGAUAGGGGUAUCAAAGUUGAUACUUCCACAAACGAUACAGGUCAAACUGCUCUUAUGAUGGCAGCUGAACGGGGUUACGCAGCUCUUGCUAAAUUAUUGAUACUUAAAAAAGCCUCCGUCCAUGCACAGAAUCUUGCCAAUGGAUUUACACCGUUACACUAUGCAGUACAGCAGGGUCACGUUGAAACCGUAGUCAUGUUGCUGGAGUUCAAAGCAAAAGUUGAUGUGGCUGCUGGAGAGGAUGGUCCAACGCCAUUGUUCUUGGCAAUAAUGCGUGGAGAUAAACCAAUUGUUGACUUGUUAGUACGCCAAUGUCCUGAAGCGUUGGCAGCCGAGAGUAGCAAGGCGUUGAACUACGUUCUGCAGAAUCAAAACGUAGAGAUGAUAGAACUGCUGUUGAACAGUGGAGCUGAUGUGAGGGCUGCUAGAGAAGGUGACGGGUUUAUGGCACAUCAUGUGGCAGCACAAAUUGGCAAUGUUGAAGUAUUAAUUCUGAUCAAUGAAUUUCAUGAUCAUAACCAAUACUGUGAUGGUCGUACUGAAAAGCAUGGCGUAACGCCUCUUAUGGUUGCGUGUGCCAAUGGUCAUGCAGAUAUAAUGUAUUAUUUGGUACAUGUUUUUGAAUGUGAUGUAAGAUCGGCAACGAACGAUAUCAGCUGGACGCCACUACAUGCAGCCGCCAUGAUCGGCAAUGCAGAAGUCGUUAGCUUUCUGUUGCAAUCAGGAGCUGAAAUCAAUGCUGCUACAUCAAGUACCGGACAGGUGCCUAUACUGUCGGAAGAAUAUAGGAAUAAAUUAGCUGCGCAACGACAAUUCAUAGGAAAUUUCGUCCAUGCUGGACAGAUAGAGCUGCCGGACAAGCAUAACAUCUUGAAACCCCCAAACCUUGAAUUGGUUAUAGGAUUCGACAACCUAAACGGAUUAAUAGAAGGAGAUAUAACAGCCCUACACGUGGCAUCACAAAAUGGCCACAUGGCGGUCGUUGAACUGUUGCUGACGGAAGGUGCCUCUGUUGACGUUCGUUCGAUGAGUGGUCACACGCCUUUGCAUCUGGCUUCGAAGCUGGGAGAAACUGAAACAAUUGAACUGCUCCUUAAGCAUGGCGCAGACAUAGCGAGUACAACCACUGAUGCUGGCUUCACGCCACUCCACAUCGCUGCCCAGAAGAGUCACUUAACCGUAAUUGAACUCCUUCUUGAACGAGGAGCGGAUAUCGAGGCUCGCUCAAAGGACAACGGUCGAACUCCCCUCUUGGUGGCUGUUCAGGGAGGUUGGAUCGGUGUUGUGGAGCUACUCGUGUCGAAAGGUGCCAACGUCAACGCCAACGUGACAUCGGGCAACGGAUCGACGGCACUGCACUUGGCAGCAGAAUUUGGACAUAAGGAGAUCGUUUCCAUACUUUUGGAGAAUGGUGCCGAUAAGGAUGCUGUCAGGAUGGCGGACGGCUUUACUCCGUUGCACUUGGCGUGCCAAAAUGGUCACCGAGCAGUGGUUCAAGCGCUUUUGAGCGUCAAUGCAAAUGUAAAUGUUAUCACAAAUGACGGCCACACGUCAAAGUACUUGGCAUCAGUGAACGAACACUAUGAGAUAGUAGAUUUAUUGAAUGCUGAAAAUUCUCUUUGAAUGGUAUUGAGCCUCACUUGUUGUACUGAUUUCCGCAUUUCCCAACAAAUUUUAGUGACGCGUCACAGAUAGCUUAUUUUCGAUCAAAUGAUCGUUGUCACGAGAAAGCACACAAGCGAAGAUUUCUCAAAAGUUAUUUAGAUAAUUUUAUCGAGACAUUUUUCCAAAAAAAAAAUGAUUUUCUAAGUGUUCCAUUUGUGUGUUACUUCUGUGUUGAAUUUUCGUGAUAAAUUGUCGAUAACACUUUUGAUAUUUUAAAAAAAAAACUACAAAAAAUCUUGCAUAUCUAACAAGCUUUCGUAGAUGACUUGAUGUUUCAAACAUUGACCAAUAUGAUCGAUUGUUUGGCAGGAUGGUCAUCCAAUCAGCAUAUUUUCACCAUUUAAACAACUUUUAUAACAAAACAUUUUGCAAAGAAACGUGAUUGCCCACUUUCUACUGAACUAACGCCGUGAUUUAAAACAAUUUUAUUUUCAAAAAUUCAAAAAAAAAUCAUUUUUUUGCUUUUUUUUAUUUUACAUAUUUGGCUUAUUUUUUUUAAUUGCCGGGACCCGUGGUGUAGGGGUAAGCGUGGUUGCCCUUCACCCAGCCGGUGCCGGUGGCAUUUUUCGAGACGAGAUUUGUCUGAUCACGCCCUCCGUCGGACGGGGAAGUAAAUGUUGGCUCCGGUCUAACCUAGAGGUUAGGUCGUUAGUUCAGUCCAGGUGUAGGAAUCGUCUCCCUGGGUCCUGUCUCGGUGGAUUUCACUGGUAGGCAGUUGGACUAACAAUCCAAAGGUCGUCAGUUCGAAUCCCGGGGUGGAUAAGCGCUAGGGGGGAAAAGAGGUUUGCAAUUGCCUCAACAAUCAAGCUUUCGGACAGCUAGUUUCGAGUAGGAAUCUCGCAACUGAGAACGCCAUGGCAAUGCUGUAGAGCGAUAAUUUUUUUCAUUAAAUUUUUAAAACAUGUUUUAUUUCAAUUUACGUCCUUCAACUUUGGUCGAUGUGGAAGUGUGAAGAAGUAAAGAAAUAUUUUUUCAAUAACUCUAGAAAAAAUGGUUUGUAAGUUGCUUUAUGUGUUUAACACUUGUUUAGUCUUUUUUAGAUUUCCUUUUUUACGAUUUCUAUUUUGUAUUAAUCUUUUUAAAGAUUUUUUUUGUGUUUGAUUUAGCAUUAAUGCAUUAAUGUAAUGAUUUCAUAUUUACUAAGGUUGAUAAUCGAUAAAAUUAUCGUCGAUAAUGUCGAAGCUUGUCUAACGAUAAAGAUAAUGGUUAUCACUUUUAUUAAAGUUUUUAGUAGAAUCGUCAUCAGGGGUGAAAUUGGGUCAUACAAAAAUGCUAAAAUUACCCAAUCUCACCUCCAGACCAAAUGUCCCCCUAAUGAUGAAUACUGAAAUUUUCACACACAAAAACUUUUUUUUCGAAAAUAUUCUAUUUUUAAAAUUUGCAAUGUUGGUAUUGAACGAAGCGAAAUUCUGCAUGUUUAAACACUUAACAAUAGUUUUUUUAAAUUAAAUUUUCGCAAAAUACCUUAUUUUCGAAAUACCGUUUCAUUAAGGGGUUACAAACAUGAAGAAAAUUACAAGAAUAAUCAUGUUACAGAAAAUUCAUUUAAUCUUCCAAAAAGAUGAAUUUCAAUCACUCCUGAAAGUUUCAUGAAGAUAUUUCAUGAUUAAACUGAGUAACAGACGAUUUAUGUUCAAAAAUUUUGCCAUUUUGCCAUGCACAAAGCGAACUGUCAUACUUUGUGAAUGUUGUUUCUCUAAACAUCGAGUUGAUUAAUGGGUGCCACAAUAUCUCGAGAUGGUAUGGACCAAAUUGGCUGAAAUUUUGGGUGAGGCUCCCAAGACAUAUCCUAUAUUCAUGAUGAAGCCCGAUUUUCAAAUUUUGCUUUUUCAAAAAUACAAAGAUCAAAAACUGACGAUUUUUUGCUUAAAAAACAUAAAAUAAACUUUUUGAAAUUUGGCCUUCGACAAGUCUUCAACAAAAUUUUGAGCCAAUUUGGUCAACGCAGUGUUGAGAUAUCGUGGCACCUGAUUUUUGAAACUACUUACUUCAAAUAGCUAUAUCUCGGCAAUGAUACAACCAAACGGCUUCAAAUUUGUUUUGUUAAAAGAUGAAAAUAUAUAUUUAAAUGCCCUGCAAACAGAUUAAAUUUAUGUUCAUACCAACCUCUGGCAUUUUUAGCGAUAUACUUGUAUGUAACCUCUUAAAAAUUAUGUGUUUUUUGAAAAAAUAAGGGUUUUUGAGAAAAUUAUAGUAUUUUGCAAAUAAAACUCAAUUAAAGUAAAAAUUCCUACAAAAUUCACUUCAUUUGAUAGGUAAAAAAAAUAUUUUUGAAAUAAUAUAGCUCUUUUUUAAAUUUUAUUGAGUACACCCAUAAGAAAAACAUAUAUCAAAAUCUGCAACAGUGGAUUUGCUGCAGAAAAUGUUACAUUUUAUAACAUUUUUUGCAGCAAGCUUAUAGCUCAUUUUUGCCCGCUUGUAAACAUGUCAGCAAUCUGCAGUUCUCACCAACACAUAUAAUGCUGGCGCGUCCCCGAGCAACUUUUUAAAGAGAAGAAUAUGUCGGUGCUCUUUCUCUCACAAUUCUCAAGCGUCCAUGGAGCGAUGGUAGCGUGUCGGAUCAACAACCAAGAAGUUGGUGGUUCAAUCCUUGUUCUGAUAAGGUUUUUUUUUGUGCAAUACAACCAAAAAGCCGUCGGUAAUGUCGAUAAUUGUCGGUAACGGGCAAAACUGUUAUACCCCUAUAUCGCAAAAAAAUGAAUGAGUAAAAAAUAGUAGCAAAUGCUUUAAGUUGCAAAAAGAAGAUUUUUUUCAGCACGAGUCAUACAGUUGUCCAACGAGUGCUGAAAUAUCAAGUUUUGCAGCGUGUUGUCUAAAAUUUUUUUUUGCAAUUCCGAAAAUGCAAUUGGAAUGGAAUUUUCUGUUAAACAAACACACUUUCUUGCGUGAUUUUUACAUUUAAGACUAGCACGUUUUAUCUUUUGCCAAGAGGUUAGGACCAUUUUUCCUCGAUUUAAACGUUAUUAUAUCAGUUUUUCAAUUUGCAGAAAAAUAAAAAUGACCCUUAUAACGUCAUAAUUCUAAAUCCGGACACUUAGUAGCAUAUCAUUUUUGUAAUAACUGGGAAAAAAUCAUGUAAUAAGUUGUAAAUGUAUAAAUAUCAUCAGCAUGUAACAUAAACAGUCAAUUUUAAGAGAAAUCAUGCAAAGUAUGUCUUUUCUAACAAUUUUUCAUCAUAAUUUUAAAAUUAAAAUAACUUGAUGUUCUUUAAAUCCCGGACACUGAAAGAAGCUGAUUCGAAAUCCGGACACUUUUGCUUCGAAUUCCGGACACUCAUUUUAACAUCAGAACAAUCGAUACUUUAUAUAGAAUUUUACUAGAAUUCAAGGAAAUCAGAACCAUAUAUUUUUUUUGCUAUGCCUUCCCGGUGCUUCGGACGCCUCUGAAAUAUUUCAAUUAAAUGUUUCUUAUUUUUGGUAAACUCCUAUUUUUAUUUUAUUUAAUUGUAUUGGCAUUGGCAAUUUGAUGUUAGAAUUCAUCAAAUAACACAGUUUAUGCAAUUAUUAUGCACACUUGUAUUCAAAUAACUGAUACAACAAGAUGAGGUUACCGGGUUUUGAAGUGUCCGGGAAUUCGAAUCAUGACGUUAACAAAAAGUUUGGUUUUUCAUACAAAUUCUUUUAUAAUUUUGGGAGGUUGUUUUGAGGCCUUAUUGUGAUAUGAAAUUGGACACCCCCCAACAUUUGUAUGGGGGUUAACUAACGAGGCAAAUUACUUUGCUAUGUAGUCUUGCAAGUUUUGGUAAAAAACUAUUUUCAUCAAUAUAUUGCUGCUUUAGAAAUAAAUGUCCAAAUAUUGCAAAGAAAAUGUUUAGUUUUCUAAAGCAAAUCUAUAACAAUCCAAGGCAAAUAAGCGAUUAUGAAAACGUACGAACCGAAAAUAUCCAUGCAAGUUAUUUGAUGUUUCGUUAGAUAGCAAACAAUUACAUUCAAUUCAAAUUUGUUUAAUAAAUGCAUAAAUAUUA